CUCUGGUCACACGUCGCGCCAAGCCAAAUUUAGUACGUUAUCUGUGCUGAAUCAUUUUCGCUGUGCCGCAAAAUUUAAUUAACUGCAGCGAUCAUUGCAGUUUUAGCCACCAGUGAAGAGGAACAUAGAACUCGAAAUGCAGAAGGUUGCACUGCUGCUUGUCGCCUUCCUGGCUGCGGCCCACUCAAAUCCACAGGAGAAACCUGGAUUGCUGCGAGUACCACUCCACAAAUUCCAGUCUGCCCGCAGACACUUCGCGGAUGUGGGGACGGAGCUGCAGCAAUUGCGCAUUAGGUACGGCGGAGGUGAUGUGCCGGAACCUCUGUCCAACUACAUGGACGCCCAGUACUAUGGACCCAUUGCCAUCGGCUCGCCGCCGCAGAACUUCCGUGUGGUUUUCGACACCGGCUCCUCGAACUUGUGGGUGCCGUCCAAGAAGUGCCACCUGACCAACAUCGCCUGUUUGAUGCACAACAAGUACGAUGCCUCCAAGUCGAAGACGUACACAAAGAACGGCACUGAGUUCGCCAUCCAGUACGGUUCAGGCAGCUUGUCUGGAUACCUGUCUACCGAUACGGUUUCCAUUGCCGGCCUGGACAUCAAGGAUCAGACAUUCGCGGAGGCGCUGAGUGAGCCGGGUCUGGUCUUUGUUGCAGCCAAGUUUGACGGCAUCCUGGGCCUGGGCUACAGCUCCAUUUCCGUUGACAAGGUGAAGCCGCCAUUCUACGCCAUGUAUGAGCAGGGUUUGAUCUCCGCUCCGGUGUUCUCAUUUUACCUGAACCGCGAUCCCGCCUCCCCUGAAGGCGGUGAGAUCAUCUUUGGCGGCUCCGAUCCCAACCACUACACUGGUGAAUUCACCUACUUGCCUGUUACCCGCAAGGCCUACUGGCAAAUUAAGAUGGAUGCCGCUUCCAUUGGUGAUUUGCAGCUGUGCAAGGGUGGUUGCCAGGUAAUCGCUGACACCGGCACCUCACUAAUUGCUGCUCCCUUGGAGGAGGCUACCUCUAUCAACCAGAAGAUCGGUGGAACUCCCAUUAUCGGUGGUCAGUAUGUGGUUUCUUGCGAUCUCAUCCCCAAACUGCCGGUAAUCAAGUUUGUGCUGGGCGGAAAGACCUUCGAGCUUGAGGGCAAGGACUAUAUUCUUCGUGUGUCCCAGAUGGGCAAGACCAUCUGUCUGUCCGGAUUCAUGGGCAUGGACAUUCCCCCUCCAAACGGACCCUUGUGGAUCCUGGGUGACGUUUUCAUUGGCAAAUACUACACCGAGUUUGACAUGGGCAACGAUCGUGUGGGCUUCGCCGAUGCCAAAUAAUCGAACAAAGAAAAGUAUACUUAAAAUUUAAAUUGUAAACAUUAUCGAUCCCAUUGCGGAUUUCUUCGAAGAACCUGUAGAAUAUAUAUGUAAUAGCUAUAA